AAGCCACAUCUGUUUUGGCAUGAAAUCUCCAGAAGAGAUGCGUCAGCAAGCUCACAUUCAAGUGGUUAGCAAAAACUUGUAUAGUCAGGACAACCAUCACUCCCCGCUGCAGUAUGGAGUACUUGACCAUCGUAUGGGAACCAGUGAAAAAGACCGUCCCUGUGAAACCUGUGGAAAAAAUCUAGCAGAUUGUUUAGGACAUUAUGGGUACAUUGACUUAGAACUGCCAUGUUUUCAUGUUGGAUACUUCAAAGCUGUGAUAGGCAUCUUACAGAUGAUCUGCAAAACCUGUUGCCGUAUAAUGCUGUCAGUGGAAGAAAAAAAACAAUUUUUGGAUUACCUAAAGCGACCUGGCCUUACAUAUCUUCAGAAGAGAGGGCUAAAAAAGAAAGUGUCUGAAAAGUGCCGAAAGAAAAACACUUGUCCUUACUGUGGUGCCUUUAAUGGAACUGUGAAGAAAUGUGGUUUGUUGAAAAUAAUACAUGAAAAGUACAAGACCAAUAAGAAAGUCGUAGAUCCAAUAGUAUCUACUUUUCUCCAGUCCUUUGAAACUGCCAUAGAACAUAACAAAGAAGUAGAACCCUUACUGGGAAGAGCUCAGGAAAACUUGAAUCCUUUGGUAGUAUUGAACCUCUUCAAAAGAAUCCCAGCAGAAGACAUUCCUCUGCUUCUAAUGAACCCAGAAGCAGGUAAACCUUCAGAUCUGAUCCUCACGCGACUCUUAGUGCCUCCACUGUGUAUCAGACCCUCUGUUGUGAGUGACUUGAAGUCUGGCACCAAUGAAGAUGACUUGACAAUGAAACUAACAGAGAUAAUUUUCCUCAAUGACGUAAUAAAAAAGCAUAGGAUAUCGGGAGCAAAAACACAGAUGAUUAUGGAAGACUGGGAUUUUCUUCAGCUGCAGUGUGCCCUGUACAUUAAUAGUGAGCUCUCAGGAAUUCCUCUCAACAUGGCGCCUAAAAAAUGGACCAGAGGUUUUGUUCAGAGGCUUAAGGGAAAGCAAGGUCGGUUUAGAGGCAAUCUGUCUGGAAAGCGAGUAGAUUUCUCUGGCAGAACAGUCAUUUCACCUGAUCCUAACCUAAGAAUAGAUGAAGUAGCAGUGCCUAUUCAUGUUGCUAAAAUACUAACUUUUCCUGAAAAGGUGAACAAAGCAAAUAUUAAUUUUAUGAGGAAACUUGUCCGUAAUGGUCCUGAUGUUCAUCCUGGAGCCAACUUCAUCCAGCAAAGGCACACACAGAUGAAAAGAUUUUUGAAAUACGGAAACCGAGAAAAGAUGGCCCAGGAGCUGAAGUUUGGUGAUAUCGUGGAGCGACACCUUAUAGAUGGUGACAUAGUCCUAUUCAACCGACAACCCUCUCUUCAUAAGCUGAGCAUCAUGGCUCACAUUGCUAAAGUAAAACCUCAUAGGACAUUCAGAUUUAAUGAAUGUGUCUGUACACCGUACAAUGCCGACUUUGACGGAGAUGAGAUGAACCUUCACCUUCCUCAGACAGAAGAAGCAAAAGCAGAAGCACUUGUUUUAAUGGGG